CCGUGCUGAUGGAAAUGUCCAGGUCAUGCAGAUGGAAAGAUCUCUGCUCUAUGCUGUUGUGUUGCCUUUGCCCCUUUACUGUACACAGGUUGGCUAUACUGAUAGCUUGAAAAACUUGUAUCUUUGGCAGAGAAAUAACUGCAGCAAGACCCAGGUACCCAGCCCUACAACAGCUGUAAAGACCCCGUCCCAGAACAAAAGAGAUCCCUGCAAAGGGCACCCUCAGUGGGUGUCUGGUGUUGAAGAUUCUCCCAGAAGGUCCCUGUCACUGUGAUUUGAUACCAGAUGCCACCUGAUAGACAUACUGGCCCAAUGGAGCAGAGAAAGGGCUGCAAGGUGACCCCAGAAGAAAAGGGAGCCCAUGCGAGGCCCAGGAAGCUUCCAGAGUCCUGCCCAAGUCCACCUCCUCUUGACUUUUUAUUGACAGCUUGGGGGCUGUAUGACUGCCUCCAAGAGGAAGGUGUGGUGCUCGGGAGCAAAAGGAAGAAAAGGAGGAAGAAUCAGGACACAACUGCUUCCUCAGAACAGGGUUCCUUGGCUCCAUCAUCUUCCAUUCCCCAGAGUCCAAAUUCACCUUCACACCCCUGGUCCCAGGACGCAGCCCUGGCCCAAAGCCAAGCCCCGCAUGCUGGUCCAGCUGGCCAGUGCAGGGGUGCAGCCUUAGGAGAUGUGUCUCAGAACAGGCCAGCACUCCAGGACCACAGGAAAGAAAUGGAUCUCCAUACUUCCACGCCCUCUGGGGACAGGGGCCUCUCCCAGAAGGUGUCUGGGCUGCCCACCUCUACCUGCGAAGCCCACUGUAAGGCUGAAGAUGCUGCCCAGGGGCUCCUGCUGCCUGAGUCCAAAGGGGACUCUGAGCCUCAGAAAGAAGCACAGAGGGCCAGGCAGCACACGGAGAUCCCAGCUUCUGGGGGAGUUGAUGCUACAGCUGAGCCAGAUAAUCCAGUUAACAGGGCUGGGAAAGAAAUGAAAGAUAAGGUUCAGUCAACAAAUGAGCUGCCGGCAAGUCCCCCUGCUUCCAAGGAACACUGCCAGGAGGGUGAGACCAAGGACGGGUUGGCUGCUCCUGGAGAAAAACCAGGUGAAAACAACUCAGAGCCCAAAGACCCAAGGAAGCCAGAAGGGAGUGACAAAAAUUGCACAGCUGCUGUGACAAAGGAGAAGGAACAGAAGAAUCAGAAAGCCAGUGCAAAGGCCAUCCCCGUGAGCUGGCUGAAGCCCGAGGAGGGGAUCACUGUGCACUUCCAUGCCAUCAUCCCCAAACAUGUCACCUUCGACCCCAAGCUCCACACGGUGUUCAUCAGGGGAGGAGAAGAGCUCGGACAGCCCAAGGGGAGUGAUGCUUGCAAGAUGUACUACAUUGCGGACUUACAUGAGUACGGAUCCCUCAUCGAGGGCAGCGUUGUCAUUCCCAGGCAGAGCCUGGAUAGAGCCAUUCCUUACAAGUACGUCCUUCACCGUGGCUUUAGCUGCAGCUCUGUGGAGUACGAGUACAUCUACCAGCAGUCGCAGAAGGCAGGCGAGCACGUGAACCGCUGCCUGUGUGUCAAGUCCUCCCUCCUGUGCUCCAGAGACUGGCAUCAAUAUGAUGACAUAAUUUGCAUGAAGCCUCCUGGGGCCUUCCAGAAAUUUCAGAACCUCUUCACUAAUAAGAUGAAGAAGGAGCUGGUGAAGGAGAAGAAAUUAGCAGCUGCAAUCAUGCUGGGCCGCAUCUUUAGCAACCUCCAGACCUGGAACCUCGUCAACCUGCAGAACUUCUUCACCCAGUUCCGGCAGUUUUAUCAUGUUGUCCAAGAGCCUAUGAUUUACGAAGGGAAAGCACAGCCCUGGUAUAGCCUGGGCCUCGGAGAGGAAGAGGUGAAGGAACACCUGUGGGAGUGUUUGAAAAAGCAGAUUGAACCGUUUCUGAAAGGAAAGAGUGGGGAUGCCCUGCCUGAAGGCUGGCCUGUGAGGAGCAGACUGAGGAUGGGCCUGGUCCUCCUUUUCCUGGUGGAAAAUGCCAGACUCUGCUUGUCGGAAGGUGACUUGACCUUACUAUGCUCCAUCCUCUGCCCCAGCACCUGUUCUCCAGAUGUCCUACACAGUGAACUCCACCACAUCCUGGGCACAUCUGAGAGAUGGCAAGAGUACUUGGUCAACCUGUGCCAGAGGUGUAUAAAUGCAAGAGUUGUCGACUGGCUGGGCAUCCUCCCUGUCCUGCACUACUGUAUGCAGCUGGCCCCUCCAAGAAAGGACUUUGUGAGCCAGCCUGAGGACAUCUGGGCUAGCCUCAAGGGAAUCUCCUUCUUUCAGUUUCAGGAAAAAUGGCUAAAUGAGAGCCAGUUUCUUGACUUCAUGGAGAGCAGGAAGCAGUUGCUGUAUAUGGAUGAUUAUCUCUUUCGAUCCUGGUUCAGUUUGCUGCCUCUGGGAAGCCUGGUUCCCUAUAUGAAAAACUCCACUGAAUACUUGAGUCUCAUGCCUGCUCGGGUCCUGGACUGUUUUCUAGGGACUCACUACAGGCUGCAACGGCUUCAGAAGAUCUCAAAGAUCUCAGAAGAGCUCUUGGAGCAUGUCGGGAAUGUUUUCAAAAUGCUGAUGCACCUUGUGGACAUCCUUCAGGAUGUGAUUCUUGAGAAGAUCUCGUUAGAGUCCUACUUGACUGUGUGCCUGAAGCUCCAUCAAGCUGCCUGCAAGAUCACCAAAUGCCUGAGGUUUUUUGAGAUUCCUGCCUUGUCUGCUGAGGUCAUUUGCAGAGUCAUCAGACUUAGACCUCCAGUGGACGUGGCAGAGGACCCGGGAGCCGCAGCCAAGAAGGGCUUCCUGACAGUUUUCCUCCAGGGUGUCCUGGCCACCACAAGAUCCUGGCUGUGCACAGUGUUAGCAAAGAGAAUGUUCCGGAAGGGUUCGACUAUCCUUUUCACCUACCCCGAGGAGAUCCAGGUCUGGCGGCGGCUGGUGGAAAUAAACUUUCCUGCAGAGUAUGGCUGGAAGGAGUCGCUGCUGGGGGACAUGGAAGGGAGGCUCAAGAAGGAGAGGCCCCUUUCCCAGAUCUCUGCCUUCUGUAGCCCUCACUGGGAUGCCGCUGGCCUCAAGGACAGUGUGGCCAAGAGCUUUGAGAAGUGUGUCAUCGAAGCUGUGAGCUCUGCCUGCCAUGUGAGUAACUCUUCUUGGGAAACAUGCUUGGGUUCACAGAUGCUUGCUGACAUGGCCAGCUCCAGGCCCUAA